UGGCGAGUUAGUACCUCGAUGACAGAGCCAUGGAGGAGCCAGCGCUGCGCACCCUGCCGCCCGUGCCGCGCACGGGCCGCGCCACGGAAGUGCUGACGCGGAUCCUGUGCGAGCCGCGAAAGCGCGAGCGCAAGCCUUCCAGGCGCCGGCGAGAGGGCCCACCAUGUUCUCCGCUGCAGUCCAAGGUGUUGUCAAAGCAUGGGAUUCCGACGCAGAACUUCCGGAGCCUGCUGAUAAAGAAGGACUGCGCCACGCGGCCCGAUUUCCCCAAGUCUGUACUGGCUCCAGGCGGCGACAGCGGGCAGAAUGACGUGGGGCUGGCGAUCAAGUCCGUAGAAGAGAGCAAGCUGCAAACGGCCGAGAAGGACGUCUUGGCUUCGUUGACCAGCAUGUGGGAUGACUCCUCCAUGAUGUGGGACUCUGUAGAGCCGCUCUCCCGCUUCGAGUCCCUCGAGCUGCCCCGGUCGCCAAACAGGAGCCGCAGCUGGGCGGCGCAGCAGGCCUACUGUAGAUCAUUGAUGAGUUCGCGGAAUGAGAGCAGGCUGAAUUCGCCGACUUGCCAAAGUCGCGCGAGCCGCGCUGACUGCAACGACUCGGAGGAGCUGGACUCGGACCUCCGCCUGGAGCAUCUCCGGCGCAGCUUCUCGGUCUUUGCGGAGGAGGUGGAGGCCAAGCUAUCGGACCUGCGAAGGAGACCAGUUUGGGACUACCAGAUAGAUGUCCUACAUGAUAUGCAUGUCGAGGAAAGUGGCUCCGACCGGCCACCGUCCUCCAACACGACCUUGUCCUUUGUCGCGUCGGAGAUCCGAAUGGCCCCGCCGCGGCGCCGCAAGUCCGAGGAUUGGGAGGACUCGGAGGCUGGCGAGUUGCCGCAGGGGCCUGCGCGGUCGAUCCCCGCCAACGCCGAGGAGAUGCAGUCGAUGUUCUACGGUGCCGGCAUCACUGUGAUGCCCCUGAAGCAGGCCGAGCCUUUGGUCUCGCUUGAGGGGACCCAGUGCCUGGACAUGGGCAAUGCCUAUAGCGUGCUGUCCGCCAGGGAGGAGAUGCUGCGGGCGGUGAAGCAACUCAACUUGUAUCGCUGGUUUUGCAAACUGCCGCCCGUUCACUUGGAGGAGGAAGAGGUGCAGCUCUGCGAGUGCCUGAGCGAGGCGCUGGCUCUGCGGCGCCCGAUGUUUGCCGCGGAGUCGCACGCGCUCACCCGCCGCAUCAGCGACCUCGGGGAGCAGCUGGGAGGCUUUAUGGCAAAGGGCGAUCGCACGGUGCUGCUGCACAAGGAGAGCUCCUUGAUCUCGGCCAUUGCUGUUGGUGUGCUUUGCAACCACACCGGUGGCUGGAGCUAUGCGAGUGCGCCCGCUCCCGGAGCGAACGACAGCUCUGUGGGACUUCGCGCACAGGAGGAGAUCCUCCGGAGGGCUGCGCAGCACCGUGACUGGCUUGAGGCGCUGCACGUACAGCCCCGCCCGAAGACGGCCUUCGUCCCGAAGCCAACGCUCGCGAAGGAGAAAGAACCGGUGACCUUGAACAACCUGCCCUCGAACUUGGCAGGCUAUCGGGCCAUUUGGGAGAUCAACGAGAGAUGGAAGGAGCCUCAGCAGGAGACGCGGAUGCUUCAGGACUCGAGGCUCGACUCGAGGCAGGACUCGAGGCAAGACUCAAGGCCUGGCACCACGUCCCGUUCGCGGCCAGGCACGGUGGCCAGUGCAGUGUCCGGACGAAGCACUCCCCAGGAGAGUCGCCGCCCCCGCACGCGCGCCGUGAAUUGGAGCUCCACCGAGAACGCGCGGCGCAAGGAGUGGAGCAGAGCCAGCAACCUGUCUUGGGGCGACAGGACGAAAACGGUGCUGCUGCGGCGGCAGCUGCUGAGCCCGAAGUUGCGGAGCUUGGGCGGUGCUCGCAUGGGCGACACCUGCAUCCUGACUUCCACGCCCAACGAUGGCAAGGGGGACAUGGACGCAGAGGAGCCGGACUUUGUCAUCUUCCCCUGCGAGGGUGUCUGUCCCAUGGAGCUUUUGGCUGGUUGCCACUUGCCCACGUGGACCAUCAUGCCCAAUUGUAACCGAUUUCAGCCCACGCAUGCGCUGCAGGUGCGCAUGUGGCGCGUGCGGCUCCUGCGGGAUGGCAAGCAGAAUUCCUCCCCGCACAUGUCGCGGAUGGGGCUCUCGCUGGAUGUUCCCUAUGAGGCGAUCCGCCUGGAGGAGCUGCCGCUGAGCUUCCUCACCUGCGAUUGCUCCUCGGAGGGCAACUCCUUCUGCGUGAUCUUCCGCCCGCAGCUGCUGCGGCUGUGCGACGGCGACCAGCUGGAGGUGGAGUUGCGGGGCCUCCUUGGAACAGACGAGAGGCAGCAUUUCUUCCACGAGUUCCGCGCCUGCGGGGACUUGAAGUGGAAGGACCAUCAAUUCAUGGAGGAGAUACAAGGCUUCUGCCAAAAGUUCAGCGAUGUCUCGAACUUUGCGGGCGAUGCAGAAUGCAGGGUGAAGCCGAGCCCCAGUUUGAAGGGGGCGGAGCUGCCGGAGCUGGGCCUCGUCACCCACCCCGCCAAGGAGUUCAAGACCGACGAGGCGGAGCUGACCAUCUACCUCCAGUGCUUCGGAGCCAGAGGCCCAGAGGUAGAAGCCCUUGAGGCCAGGCUUCAGCUCCAGCGCUCGGACGGCAGGGUCAAGGUGGAUCGCGCCACGAACGUACUCAACAUGAAAGACCUCUUCCUGGUCCGUGUGAAGCUGCCCUGCUCGGUGUCCAAGUACCAGCUGUCCUUCUUCGUCGCCACCACCGAGCGCCCGCGAAAGCUGGUGGAGCAUCCUUUCAAGUACAUCAUCAAGUCGACAGAGUCGAGCCCGUGCCCGGUGAGCAGUAUCGAGCAUCCGGCCUUCCAGAAUUUCGGGUUCUGCCCCCUGGCCGCGGCGGCACAGCCACUGAACGUGACGCUUCUGGCGCCCUUAGAGUAUGGGCUGCUGCCCGGCUCUGUGUACUUUUUGGUCUACCUGCCCGGCCAGGGCCUUGACCCAGAUCCCGAGCCCGUGGGGGAGGUGCCCCGGUCCCAGCUCUUCCAACUCCUCCAGGCGGAUUCCGAAGAGGCAGAGCAGGCUGCUUUGGAGAGCGACCUCAUCAAAACUCGAGAUCCGCUCUUCCAAGAGGAGUUGGACAGAUCUCAGCGCCUGCAGCAGAUGACGCAGAGGAGGCACUUUCAAACCACCCAGAAGAUGAUGCUCCACCGCUCCUCCCGCCUGGAAAUGGACCCGAUCGUCAACCUGGUGAGGAGGUUGCACCACGGGGUGGAGGUGCACUUGAAGGACAGGACCCAGGAUCUCCCGGGCAAUGUUCACCUCGAUCUGGUGAUCAGUGAAGCUCGCUCCCACCGGCAGCGCUUCGCCUACCGCCUGCAGCGGUGCUUGGGAUUCCCAGACUUCUUCGAGGGUGUGCUGCACUUGAAUGAUCACGAUGCUGGGUGCUGCGUGGAGCUCUUCUACCGGGUGUGCCAGGAGCAACGGAAGGCGCCGCUGAAGAUCGGCGAGUGGAGCGUGGCACGCCCCAACGACAUGUCGCACCCGGAGCUUCCUGAGCCACGCACAUCAUACACUGGCAUCUGAGGGCCGACCUUGGCUUCUUGUGGGGGGGCCUGUGUUAACGAGCAGCAGAGCUUCUUUUUUUGCCGGCGGUUGAUCGCAAACUCAAAACAUGGGGGCUGAUCCUCCAGAUUUGUCCUUAACCUGCGUUCUGCCGGCCAAAGAGUUCUGACCUAGAUAACCCAACUCGACUCAGGGAAGGUGGUAACUGCGCCAAGUACCUUUGCCACACUCCCAAGGCGACGCGGGACGCUUCAGGGCUUGAAGACCGAGCCACUCUGCCGAAAGCGGCGGAUCGAUCAAAGGCAACCGAAAGCAGCUU